CUACGGGCCCUGCGCAUCGCCGUGGUGGUGUGUCUCUACUGGUUCACCUCCAUCGCCAUGGUCUUCCUCAACAAGUACCUGCUGGACAGCCCCUCGCUGCGCCUCGAUGCCCCCGUCUUCGUCACCUUCUUCCAGUGCGCCCUGACGGCCGCUCUGUGCCUGGGCCUGAGCCUGGGGGCGGCCUGCGGGCCCCCCUGCCCCGGCCUGCCCGCUCUCCGCCUCGACCCCAAGGUAUCCCGCAGCGUCCUGCCCCUCUCUGCCGUCUUCAUCGGCAUGGUCACCUCCAACAACCUCUGCCUCAAGCACGUCGGUGUGGCCUUCUACAAUGUGGGGCGCUCCCUCACCACUGUCUUCAAUGUGCUGCUCUCUUACCUGCUCCUCAAGCAGACCACCUCCAUCUACGCCCUCCUGGCCUGCGGAGUCAUCAUAGGUGGCUUCUGGUUGGGUGUUGACCAGGAAGGAGCAGAGGGCACUCUGUCAUGGACGGGUAUAUUCUUUGGGAUCUUAGCAAGCCUGUGUGUCUCACUUAAUGCCAUCUAUACCAAGAAGGUGCUGCCUGUGGUGGAUGGCAGCAUCUGGCGCCUGACCUUCUACAACAACAUCAAUGCUUGUGUCCUCUUCUUCCCCCUCAUGAUGCUGCUGGGCGAGUUCCACACCCUCUACAACUUUGACAAGCUGGGGAACCCCAGUUUUUGGGGCAUGAUGACCCUGGGGGGAGUGUUUGGCUUUGCCAUUGGGUACGUGACCGGACUUCAGAUUAAGUUCACUAGCCCACUCACCCACAAUGUGUCUGGGACAGCCAAGGCCUGUGCCCAGACGGUGCUGGCUGUUAUCUACUUUGAGGAGACAAAGAGCUUCUUGUGGUGGACAAGUAACUUGAUGGUUCUGGGGGGCUCCUUUGCCUACACAUGGGUGAAAGGGCUGGAGAUGAGAAAGGUGCAAGAGGAUCCUAAUGUGAAAAGCAGCGAAAGAAAUGAGACUGGUGUGUAGACAGCUCCUGCACCUCUGUUUCUGUGCCUAGGGGGUUAACCUUUGGCACUCCUUUCCUCCUGGAGCGAAGAAGAGCAAGGAGCAGGAAAAAAAUUCACCUGUGGAGUGUAUAGGGAACUGUGUCAGGAACCAGAGCCAAAGACCUGACUGGAUCAUGUUUUAUCCAUGGGAUACUUACCCUGUAUCGGAGUUAGGGAGAGCAUGUGUUGUAGAGAGCAACCGGGUUUUUUGUGAUU